AUGCGUGUGAACACGUCUAAAAUGGAGGAAAGCCUGGUGCUGUCUCGUUCCCCUGCCCGUUGCUCCCUUCAAAUUAGCAUAGAGGCAGUGAAGCAGAUGGAGAAGUUCAACCUCAGUGUUGUGUCUGCCGAAAAUGGGAUAAAGAACGACCGGCGGAUUGGAAUAUCCAGUGGCGUUCUGAGAGUCUGCUCCAGACUGCAGUCUUCUGCCAAAGCUCAGACUCUGGCAGAGGAUCGAAUGACAGCAGCCAGCGAGGCGGUAAGCGUAUCGGAGAAAUUUCAGCGUUACCUGUCUGAACUGUGCGAAAAUUUUGGGUCGGCGUUUCCAGUGCUGUCCUGCCAGCUGAAAAACUGUGGCUUGGAAGAGAAGCUGAACGAAAGUUUGGCUUUAAUCGACGAACUACAGACUCUGGUUGAGCUGGCUGGCGUUGAGGCAAAUGUAACAGCAGCUGUUUGA